UUAUGACAUGUCAACGCCAACACUCUCUCCGUCUACAGAAAAGUUGAUUCCGAUAAUUGGACUAAGCGUGUCUGGAACAUUCUCACCUCGUCCAAUUGCCACCACCGCUCACUCGGUUGUCUUCAAAGUGGAUUCGCAGCUUUAUCGUCGAGAAGUGAUUGUGAAAAUCGUGGAUCGAAAAUCGAUUCCGGCAAACGUGGCGGAGAAAUUCUUCCCGCGCGAAUUGGAGAUCACCAUGAAGGUUCGACAUCCACAUAUUGCGCGGUGCCUGGCGAUCACACGACCAGCGCCGACGAAAUUCGUGAUUAUUUCGGAUUACUAUGAACGUGGCACACUUCUCGAGUGGAUUCUCCAGAAGAAACGUUUGAAAGAGCACCCAUUAGCAGCCACACUAUUCCGUCAACUCAUCGAAGCGAUCAAUUAUCUUCACAAAAGAGGAAUAGUACAUCGAGAUGUGAAAUUGGAAAAUAUUCUAAUCGACGGAAAUGGGGAUAUUAAGCUCAUCGAUUUCGGAUUUGCAAGACACAUUGAACGACGUGAACGGUCUCGAUCAUUCUGUGGAACUCAGCCCUACACAUGCCCGCAAAUCACAAAAUAUCGGCCUUAUGAAGCCUACGCGGCGGACUAUUAUGCUUGUGGAAUAGUGCUUUUUACGAUGGUCACUGGAAAAUGGCCGAACAUGACAGAGAACCCAAACAUUUAUCCGGAAGGAUAUCCAAGUCGUUCGUGUCGUAAACUCGUGUCUUCACUGCUGGACGGGAAUGAAAUGAGCCGUGCUGGAUAUGAUGAGUGCGUGAAUUCCGAGUGGAUGGGGGUGCAUCCUGUUUGGAUGUUUGCGAAUCACGCGUAUUUUUAUGAAGAGGUCCGUGGCGAGGAUCCCAAUUCAUCCAACUGUGAAAUGUCUGAAAUUUGAACUAUUUCCCCCGCCGCGGCUUAUUGUAUUUCACGAUUUUAAAAAUGCACAAUAUUGAUGUUCAGUAACUAGUUAUCCAAUAAAACUUUACACCUUU